ACGGCCGUACGAUAACGUCGAUAACGCUGUCGCCAGUCGGUGUAAUAGGCACAUCCAAUAAAACACGUUUAUUUUGUCUCCUCUAAAUAACCUAUAACUAUAGUAAAAAUCUAAAAAUCCAACAAAAAUUUAUUUCGUUCUUAUCUUAUCUGCCUGUUUUGGAAAAGUUACUGUAAGCUAAGACACAGGCAGUUAGAAAGAUCAUUCUCUGCAAAAACUUAACAUUGUCAAGACAAGAGACGACCAAGGCGAUACUAUGGAUAAAAGCAAUUUGAGAGAAAACCUCCUUCUAGGGAUAGGAAAUCCUCUGCUAGAUAUAUCUGCUGUUGUAGAUAAAGACUUUUUAGAUAAGUAUGCUAUGAAGGAGAAUGAUGCUAUUUUGGCAGGUGAAAACCACAAGCAUUUGUUUGAUGAACUCACUGAGAAAUAUCAAGUUAGCUACUUAGCAGGGGGAAGUGUUCAAAAUAGUUUAAGGGUAGCUCAAUGGCUACUAGAAAAACCAAAGGUAACCACAUUCCUGGGAUGUGUGGGUGAAGAUAGGUUUUCCAAAAUAUUGAAUGAGAAAGCAACAUCUGAUGGUGUCAAUGUAAGGUAUCAAUAUAAUGAUACUGAACCCACAGGGACUUGUGCAGUACUUAUAACCAACCACCAUAGAUCUUUAUGUGCAAAUUUGGGAAGUGCCAAUUGUUUCACAAUAGAUCAUAUAAGGAAACCACAAAACAAACAUUUGAUAGAUACAGCACAAUACUAUUAUGUCUCUGGUUUUUUCUUGACUGUCAGUCCACCUUCGCAAAUGGAAAUUGCGAAAGUUGCAUUGGCUAAUGAUCGUCCAUUCAUAAUGAACUUGAGUGCCCCAUUCAUCUGUCAAAUGUAUAUCAAAGAGAUAAUGCAGGGUAUGCCGUAUGUAGAUAUGAUUUUCGGAAAUGAAACUGAAGCUGAAUCUUUCGCCAACGCCCAAAACUUCGAAACCAAAGACCUGGAAGAAAUCGCCCUCAGAAUCUGCAGGCUACCCAAACAAAACGAGAACAGGCCGAGAAUCGUGAUCAUCACGCAGGGCACGGAACCUGUUAUUCUAGCCAAAGAGGGGAACAUAACCAAAUACCCAGUAACCAAACUAACCCAAGAAAAACUAGUCGAUACCAACGGCGCGGGGGAUGCUUUUGCCGGAGGAUUUUUAUCUCAAUAUAUACAGGGUCGAGAGUUGGAUGUUUGUAUAAAGUGUGGUAUUUGGGCGGCCACGCAAAUUAUACAACGUAAUGGUUGUACGUUCGAGGGUAGAGCUACCUUUGAGGCGUAAUGCUAGUUGAAUGACCUGCUCUGUCUCUGUAAAUAACGUACUUACACAUUCAUAUGUUUUCAUGACUUAAUAUUUUAAUUCCAUAUUAGGAAAAUCUGAUAUUAAAUUGUUGAAACUGUUU